AUGGCCCCGCAGCAAACAGGUAGCAGGAAGCGGAAAGCGCCCGCCGAGAGCUCGUCCUCUCAAGGCUCCGCGGCGGACGCAGAGGGGCCGCUGCUGCCUAAGAAGCAGAAGCGGCCGGCGACGCGGCGCUCGCUGGUGCAUUACCUCAAGGACCGCGAGGUGGGCGCGCGGGGCGGCGCCGGGCUGUCGGGCUCCAAGGGCGAACUGCGCGGCUACGCGGUGCAGAAGCUGCCCGAACUCUUGAGGGAGCGCGAGCUGGCCCUGGGCACCCUCAACAAGGUGUUCGCGUCGCAGUGGCUGAACGCCAGGCAGGUCGUGUGCGGCACCAAAUGUAACACCCUCUUCGUGGUGGACGUGCACUCGGGGCAAAUCACGCGCAUCCCCCUGAUGCGGGACCGGGGGCCCUGGCUGGCCCGGGCCCAGCCGAGCUGCGGUAUCCACGCCAUCGAGCUGAGUCCCUCCAAGACGCUUCUGGCCACCGGGGGAGAGAACCCCAACAGCCUGGCCGUCUACCAGCUGCCCACCCUGGACCCCGUGUGCCUGGGCGACCGCCACGGCCAUAAGGACUGGAUCUUCACCAUCGCCUGGAUGAGCGAUACAGUGGUUGUGAGCGGCUCCCGCGACGGCACUGUGGCUCUAUGGCGGCUGGACCCGGACAUGUUCAAUGGCAGCAUCGCCUGGCACAAUGACGCGGGGCUUCCUGUGUACGCCCACAUCCGUCCGAGGGACAUGGAGACCAUCCCCAGGUCCAACACCAGCCCCAGUAACCGCAAGGUGCGGGCCUUGGCCUUUAGUGGCAAGAACCAGGAGCUGGGAGCCGUGUCCCUGGACGGCUACUUCCACCUGUGGAAAGCCCGGAGCACUCUGUCCAGGCUGCUGUCCAUCAGGCUGCCCUACUGCCGAGAGAAUGUGUGCCUGACCUACUGCGAAGAGUUGUCCCUGUACGCGGUUGGCUCUCAGUCCCAUGUCUCCUUCCUAGAUCCGCGCCAACGCCAGCAGAAUAUCCGGCCCCUGUGCUCCCGAGAGGGCGGCACAGGGGUGCGUUCGCUGAGUUUCUACCAGCACAUCAUCACCGUGGGCACGGGCCAUGGCUCCCUGCUCUUCUAUGACAUCCGUGCCCAGAAGUUUCUGGAGGAGAUGGCGUCGGCCAGCCCAGACUCCUGUCCUGGGCCCUCAGGAAAGAAGCUCAAGCUCACCUGUGGCAGAGGUUGGCUCAAUCACGAUGACCUGUGGGUGAACUACUUUGGCGGUAUAGGGGAGUUCCCCAACGCGCUCUACACCCACUGCUACAACUGGCCUGAGAUGAAGCUCUUUGUGGCUGGAGGGCCUCUCCCUUCAGGCCUGCAUGGGAACUACGCAGGCCUCUGGAGCUAAGGAUGGCCAAUGUGUUCUCAAAGUGCCCAGAUUUACCUUCCAGUCCCCGCUCACUUUCUUCUUCACGCUGUGCUUUGUGCUUUUUAACUCACUGUGGCAUUUGUCUUCUAGGUUGAAAGUGCCCAGCUUACCUGUGUUUAGUGUAUUUAGGCAGAGAGAGAAAGAGAGAGACAAAUCAAAGGUGAUCUUUGGGCAAUCGAAAGUUGGCUUUAAGAUUUUUCUGUACCUCUCCCAACGCCACCAUGUUUUUUGCCUCCUCUUACAAAGAAUUUUGUCUAAUCUUUAAUUGUGUUCUUUGAGUGACAUAUGCUCUUUCUUUGGGCUGUUGUAGAGGUGGUACCCCCUACAAUUCAAUACUUUUUUUACCAAUAUUUCAACAGUAUGUUCAGGUCUUCUACACAUUUCAGAUGUAUGGUAUUUUGGGAAAAUAUAUGCUAAAAAGUAUCUUUGGGGCUGGUUGGAGGAACUACCCUUCAUAUAUAUAAGAGAACAGGUAUAUAGCUCUGCUCUAGAAAAUGCAUUUUAAGAUCUGGAUUGCCACCAUUUGGGGCCUGUUUCAUUUGGAUUUUGGAACCUGGUUGUUUGUUGUUUGUAUAUUUUUGGUACAUAAAAUAUUUAAAAAUAUGUUUUCUUCGUCAAGAAAUCUUAGAAUGGUGUUCAUCCUAUUAAUCACAAUUUUGAUUAGUAAUUUUAUUUUAUUCAGUAAAAUUUAGCCCCAGGUCCUCAGCCUUCUUGUUUAAAGCUGCUAUAACACAGCCUGCUUUCCUGGGUAUCAUUUAUGCUACAGACUUCCAUAGCUAAUCAAAACUGGCCUAUACAUGGCAGGACAAUCAGGGAAGUUCUUUUGGGGGUAAACAUUUAUUUAAAGUUUAGGUAACACUAUCCAGGCAGCCAUUUACACAGAAAGGCCCGCUGUUGUGCUCAAUGUAGAUGUUAUUGACAAUUUUUUUAUUAUAUACAUGGGUAUUCCUUUUAUUGGGAUUGUGUAUGUGAUGGAUUGCAGAAAAAAUAAAACUUGUUUAGCAUUUUAGCAAUUAAGUACUAGGCUAAGGUUUUUAAAUGCUUACAUAUCUAUUUUUUUCUUAAUUGUCUUCUAGGAAUAUAUUUAUCAAAGUCAAAAUCUUCCAAGAGACCAGAUGAAACUGAAACAUUAGCUGUGCACACAUUACUCUGUAUAUUUGUUUUUGAAAAGCAAACUUAUGCUAGUAUCAUGGGUGAAAAGAUGAAAUAACAUCUUGAAUGCCUUAUCAAAAUAUACUUGCUAUAGGUUGGGACAUUUUGGUAUCUUAUGUUUUUAAGAUGAUUUAAAAAACUUUAUUUACAAAAAAAAGUACAUGUUGUGUUUAUAGCUACCUACUCACAUAUGCUGUGUAUUUGUGUAUGUCUUUGUGUUACUUCCCAUGUGAAAAAAAGGCACAUGUGUAUACCGUUUUACAUAUGCACAUAUUCCUAAUAUUUUAAACUAUGUCUAUCAAGACUUGGUCUUUAGUUUUGUUUUAUUCGAGAUAAGUAAUACAUGCACAUGACCAAACAAGUCAAACUGUAUAAAAAGUGUAAGGUGAAAAGUAGGUCUCAUACCCUAGGAUCCCUGAUCUCCUGCUCAUAGAUCACAAGCAGUAUAUUUUGUGUUUGUAUAGUCAAUACAUAUAGAAGCAUAUAUGUAUGUGUGUAUGCAAUUUUUAUAUAAAUGUGCCAUUUAUCACAAAAUCUUAGAGAUUUUUUCUUAUACCUAUCUACCUAAUUAAUUUUAAUUGUAUAGUAUUUCCCUGUAUGAUUGGCACAUACUUUAUUCAUUAUACCUUUAAUGAGCAUGUA